AUGUGUCCAAAAAAAACAUCACAGGAGCCUAUUGCUAUUGUUGGCAGCUCAUGCCGUUUUGCUGGCGAUGCUACAUCCCCGUCCAAACUAUGGGAGCUCUUAAAGGAACCACGGGACAUUCAGACCAGGAUUCCAGACACACGCUUUAACAUCGACGGCUACUAUCACCAGAACUACGCACACCAUGGUCAUACCAACGUUCAAAAUGCCUAUCUUCUUAAUCAGGACCCUGCUACAUUCGAUGCUGAAUUCUUUGGCAUCAGCGCCAUGGAAACCAAGGCCAUAGACCCACAACAGCGUAUGCUCCUCGAGAUUGUUCACGAGGCUCUAGAAGAUGCCGGAAUGAGCACGGAGGCCUUGCGAGGCAGCGAUACGGCGGUGUUUGUAGGUAUAAUGUGUGCAGAGUACGAAUCUCUCCUCCUGAGGGACCUCAAUACUGUGCCUACGUACUUCGCUUCGGGUGUGUCGCGAGCGAUCCUCUCCAACAGAAUCUCUUAUCUAUUCGACUGGCACGGAGCCUCGAUGACGAUUGAUACGGCAUGCUCGUCGAGCUUGGUAGCAGUGCACCAGGCAGUGCAAGCGCUCCGAUUAGGAGAGUCCAGAAUGGCAGUUGCCUGUGGUGCCAAUCUCAUUCUUGGACCAGAGGCUUUCAUCGUUGAGAGCAAAGUCAAGAUGUUGUCGCCGGACGGCCGAAGCCGAAUGUGGGAUAAGGAUGCAAAUGGCUAUGCGAGAGGUGACGGAAUCGCUGCACUCAUCCUCAAGCCACUAACCCAGGCCCUCAAAGAUGGGGAUGAUGUCCAUUGCCUGAUACGCGAGACAGGAAUAAGUCAGGAUGGCGCUACAAGUGGCAUCACAAUGCCUAGUGCUACGGCUCAGAAAGAACUGAUCCAGAGCACUUUCAGAAAGGCCGGACUGGACCCUUAUUUGGCAGCAGAUCGCCCGCAAUACUUCGAGGCACAUGGGACGGGAACACCAGCAGGAGACCCCAUAGAGAGCGAAGCCAUUCGCAACGCAUUCUUUGGCGAAGGAUCCUCGCCGGCUGGUAGCUAUCCUUUAUAUGUUGGCUCCAUCAAGACCGUGCUUGGCCAUACUGAAGGCACUGCAGGCAUCGCGGGCAUUCUCAAAGCGGCAUUGGCGAUGAAGAACUCGACCAUACCUCCAAACCUGUUGUUUGACGAACUUAGCACUUCGGUUGCACCACACUACAAGGGCUUGGAAAUAUGUCGCGAGGCUAUCCCUUGGCCGGAACCGCCCAAUUCGCAGCCGAGGAGGGCAAGUGUGAACAGCUUUGGUUUCGGAGGCACCAAUGCACAUGCUAUUUUGGAGAGCUAUGAAAGCCCCAGGACCACGUCUGCAGUGACAGAGAGGGAACUGUUAUUUGUGCCUUUUGUAUUUUCUGCGGCCUCGGAAUACAGUCUUCGGGCCAACUUGCGAGAAUAUGCCGCCUACAUUGAACGCCACCCAGCAAUGGCCGUUCACAACAUAUCUUACACCCUGCGUCAGCGUAGGUCUGUCUUUCCCUACCGAGCCGCGUUUCCGGCCAGUUCGGCCGAGUCCCUAAGGGCAAACAUCCUGGCAAAGCUUGGCAAUACAGAAAACCCAGUUGGGAUCAGAACCUCCGCAAAAGGCAGCCAGUCGUCCCGCAUCCUCGGUGUGUUUACCGGCCAGGGUGCCCAGUACGCUCGCAUGGGCGCCGAGCUCCUGGAAAGCUCGCCUCUAGCGCAAGAUAUCAUCAGCAAGCUGGAAGUGUAUUUGGCGAAUCUGCCUGAAGAGGACCGCCCGGACUGGUCGCUUAAAGCCGAACUGCUGCGUGACAGCGAGACAUCCCGUCUUGGUGAAGCGGUGAUAGCCCAGCCGCUUUGCACAGCGUUGCAAAUACUGCUAGUUGAUAUCCUUGCGGAAGCUGGCAUCUCGUUCAGUGCCGUAGUCGGGCACUCCUCUGGAGAGAUUGCCGCAGCUUAUGCGGCCGGUUGGCUAACCGCUCGUGACGCCCUCCUCGUCGCCUACUACCGAGGCUUGCACAGCACAGCCGCCAAGAGCCCAAAUGGUAAUGUCCAGGGAGCCAUGUUGGCCGUCGGUACUUCUGUUGAAGAAAUCUUGGAACUGUGUGAAGACCCAGAGUUCGCCGGCCGCCUUGCUCUGGCAGCGAGCAACUCUUCCUCCAGCGUCACCGUGUCCGGCGAUGUCGAUGCCAUACACGAGCUGCAACUCGUUUUAGACGAUGAAAAGAAGUUCCAUCGCAUGCUCAAGGUGGACAAGGCGUAUCACUCGACGCACAUGGUCCCCUGCGCUGAGCCUUACAUUGUCUCUCUCCGACGCGCAGGGGUGAAGGCGCUGGAACCUACCACCUCUUGCUGUACUUGGUUCUCCAGUGUCUACGGAGGCAGGCCAGUGGUCUCGGAAUUUCUUCUUGGCGAUCGAUAUUGGGCCGAAAACAUGGUCCAACCGGUUUUGUUCUCCGAGGCAAUAACCGCUGCCGUCUCUGCAGGAUCCCGACUGGAUCUGGCACUUGAACUCGGACCUCACUCAACGCUCCAGGGCCCUGCAACCCAAACAAUCCAGGAAGCGAUCCAGAAGCCUCUGCCUUAUCAUGGCAUCCUGGACCGCAAGAAGGGAGCCAUUGAGGCGCUGUCCACCUCGCUGGGCGUUAUGUGGUCGCACCUAGAUGUGUUGUCCGUGAACCUCAACCACUGCCAGUUGUCUCUGUCAGCCCAGAAUCAACCACACAUGUCCCUCAGUCGUGGCCUUCCUACCUACCAAUGGAACCACCAAACCAGGUACUGGCAUGAAUCGAGAAGGUCAAAGAAGAUGCGACUCCACCGAGGGCCGUUCCAUCCGCUGCUCGGCCAUCUUUCGCCUGAUAGCGUAUCGCACCAACUACGCUGGACCAACAUCCUCAAGCCCUCAGAAUUGCCAUGGCUCACGGGACAUCAAGUUCAGAAACAGAUUGUGUUCCCUGCUUCUGGCUACCUAUCUACGGCGUUUGAGGCAGCGAGGGUUCUUGGCGACGGCAGGGGCGCCAUCCGACUGAUCGAAGUCAAUGAGUUUCACAUCCAUCAAGCGGUUUCGUUCGACUCUGAAGACACCAGCGUUGAGAUCUCGAUUGAACUGGCUCAAGUGGCCCAGCCUCGGUCCACGGAAGUCACGGCCAAGUUCUCCUAUUCCGCAGUGUUAGGAUCGCAGGCGACGGACUUCUCACUGGCCGCCACGGGUGACCUAAAGGUGUACCUAGGGGAUGUCUCCUCAACUGUGCUACCAGAGCGUGCUCCUUCGCCACCUUACCUUAUUCCCUGCCAAAAGAGCCGCUUGUACGGCUUCAUGGAGAAUUUGGAGUACGAUUUCGCUGACCACUUUCGCUCACUUGAUUCCCUCGAAAGAAAGUUAGGCAAUGCGACUUGCCGUGCCAAGAGGAUCGUCACGCAUGACAGCAACUCCGUUAUGAUCCAUCCCGUGGAUCUAGACGCUGCGUUUCAGUCGGUGAUACUCGCAUACAGCUAUCCUGGCGACGACGAGAUCCGGACUCUGCAACUCCCGUCUAGUGUGUUCCAGGUGCGAAUUAACCCGGCUUUGUUCGUAACCAAGCCUAGCGAAGGAGAGCAUCUGACUAUUGACUCGACUUGCACUCGAGCAGACCGCGCGAACCCUUCAGGAUUUUCGGGCUCCGUCAAAGUGUACAGGACCGGCUGUGCUCAUGCGGCAAUUCAGCUUGACCGCCUCAGCUUCAAACCAGUAGGGUCAGGUGGGAGCGACCAUCGAAAAAUCUUUCACAAUAUGCAUUUGGUCCCUCGUGUACCAGAUGGUCUUGCCGCUGGCGAAGGUAUUCUUAUCGCCGAGGACGAUGUGCUUCGUUUGAGAACUCUUAGCCGUCUGGGAACGUACUAUCUGCGGAUAUUUAACGAGCAGGUUCCUUUGUCAGCUCCAUUACGGUCCGAGGGACCGUUGAGUUUCUAUCUAGCAUACGCACGCCACAUGAUGCAACUAGUCAAAGCUGGCAAAUACAAGUAUGCGGACCCGGAAUGGUUAAAUGACAGCCUUGAGGAUGUCCAAAAGGAGAUCAAAGAGAGAAAGAUCGAAAACAAUGUCGCCGUCAAGAUGGCAACGCUUGUGGGAGAGACAAUGCCGCGGGUUUUCAAUGGAGAGACCACCAUGCUAGAGCAUCUCCGCAUAUCAGGUCUUUUAGACGAGUACUACGCCAACGGCAUUGGCACUUUGGAGACGGCCGCAUGGUUAGGAGGCGCUGUUCGACAGCUGACUGACCAUAACCCUCACCUCAAGAUACUUGAGGUCGGAGCGGGAACUGGUGGUGCUACGAAGCGCAUACUAGCUGGAGUCGGUAGCAACUUCCACUCGUAUACCUUCAGUGACGUAUCCUCCAGUUUUUUCGAGAACGCUGCCGAUACUUUCGCGCCAUGGAAGGACAAAAUGGUUUUCAAGGUUUGCGAUGUCGAGAAGGACCCUCUGACCCAAGGCUUUGCCGCGGGCGAGUAUGACGUGGUGGUUGCCUCCUUCAUCCUCCAUGCCACGGCCAACCUGGAUAGGACGGUCCGUAACAUUCGUAAGCUCGUAAGGCCGGGGGGCUAUUUGGUGAUUGGAGAAGCCACCGACGACGGUCCCUUCCAGGCCGGCUAUGGCCUCAUCUUCGGGACGCUAUCUGGCUGGUGGCUCGGUGCCGAAGAAGGCCGCAGCUUGUCACCGCUUGCGAGCGCUUCGCAGUGGGAUGCCAUCCUUCGACGGACUGGGUUUUCAGGUCUUGAUACUACCGCGCCGCCGGACUUUUUCAGGGUCUUGGGUGUCGUCCUAGGUAUAAGUCAAGCUGUUGAUGAUCGAGUCGAGUUUAUAAGAGAACCCCUGGCCGGAUCGCUGGGACGGUCCAAGAUUAGCAAGCUGGUCUUAGUCGGUGGAGAGACUGGGCCUGUUGGAAGUUUGGUUGACGAGCUUCUCAGUGUCCUAGGGAAUAUUUCUGAAGACAUCUUCGCCUAUAAAACCCUCGAGCAAAUUGACUUUGCGAUUUGCGACGAAUGCGCCACCGUCCUUGUGCUUUCAGAGCUCGACUAUCCCAUUUUCAACAGCUUGAACCCCGAGAAGUGGCACCAUUUCAGAGAGCUGUUCGUUGGGCAGCGAACGGUUCUCUGGGUCACGACUGGUCGGAAUGACAACGAACCAUACAGCAACAUGGUUGUCGGAUUCGGGCGCACUGCCGCAAAUGAAAAUGAAGACCUGCGUGUCCAAUUCCUAGAUUUCCCAGACUUGAGCAAGGUUGAUGCUCGCACGAUUGCCGAGAGUCUCUACGUUCUCUAUAACACCAACCUUCCAGGCGACGAUAUCCUGUUCACCGCCGAGCCCGAGGUCAUUGUCGAUGAGACGGGCCGCCAGCUAGUUCCAAGACUUCGACAGAUGCCUGUGCUGAAUGACCGCUAUAAUUCUAUCCAGCGCCCCAUCGUUCGCGAUAUUGAUGCAAGUCAUACAGUAUUCGAACUCCGCCAGCAGGAGAGCGGCAGUUACUGUCGACCCCUGUCGAGAUUUGAGCUGGAGCAGCAGACCACAGGCCGUUCCGAUGUGCUCGAGCUGAAGAUUACACACACGAGUCUUUCGGCCGUAAAAACACUUGCCGGUUACCAAUUUGUGGCUCUGGGAGUGGACUCCGCCGAACGCUCCUAUGUUACGUUCACGGCUGCUCCAAAGUCUAGGAUGCAGGUGCGCAGUGAGCUCGCAGUCGGUUGCGACAUGAUUGACUCGAGCCUGCCCUCAGCUGCGCUCGUGGCUUUAUUUCUCGCUGUUUCUGGGACCAAAGCCAUCGUCGAUCCGUUGCUCGGGGGGCAAGGAGUCCUGGUACACAACCCGUCCGAAUACGCUGCCUGCGUGCUCAGCGCUUAUGCCUCCGUCAAGGGAGCCAAUAUCACUUUCACCACCGACUUUGAGGGGCCGCCAGCCUCUACGGCUUCCUGGAUCUGCCUUCCCCCAUUCGUUGCUUCGUCCGAUAUGCAUGAUGUCCUGCCUCGGGAGGUGUCUUGCUUCGUCGACCUGUCCACUGAGACAUCCACUAACGUGCCGAUCAUACUGUCCACCCUGUCACCGUUGACGCGCGUUGAGACUGCAAAUAGCUUGUUUUCGAGAUCCUCUGCUGGCAGCUCCUUUUCUAGUACCUUUCUAAGUGAGACCUUGACGGCUCUGGUUCGGGACGUCAGCCAGAUCGCAUCCAUGAUAAAGAGCCGCUCCUACCCUAUUGAGCCAGUAAAUAUAGGCGAUGUGGCAAGUGGCAUGCGGCCAGAAAAUAUAUUCACUGUUGUCGACUGGGCUGUUGGAGCCCCCUCGCUCCCCAUGCGUGUGGUCAGAUUGGACCCGAAGCCGAUUCUCAAAGACGAUAGAACCUACUGGCUGUGCGGAAUGUCAGGGGGCUUGGGACUGAGUCUUUGCGAUUGGAUGAUCGAAAAUGGUGUGAAAUACCUGGCUCUCACGAGCAGAAACCCCAACAUAGAAGUUGCAUGGCUAGACGCCCACAAAAAGAACAAUGUCACCAUCGAAAUUCUCUCUUGCGACGUAACGAACCAGGAUGCUCUUCGCGCUGUUCACAACCACAUUGUCAAGACAAUGCCUCCCAUCGCCGGUGCUGUCAACGGCGCAAUGGUCUUGAAGGACGUCUCGGUGGGGAACAUGUCGCUCGAGGAUGCAGAGAUUGCGAUCCGCCCCAAGAUACUCGGAAGCAUCCACCUGGACCGCAUUUUUUACGAUGUGAAUCUUGACUUUUUCGUCCUGAUGUCCUCAAUGAGCGGCGUUAUCGGGACGGUAGGUCAGGCAAACUAUGCAGCAGCAAACGCAGGCAUCUGUAGCUUGGCUGCCCAGCGCAGGAAUCGCGGCCUGAACUCCUCGUGCAUCAACGUCGGCAUGAUAAACGGUGUCGGCUAUAUCACGCAAUCCGACCGGAAUCUGGAUGAUGCCAUGGAGCGGCUGGCUGCGGUGCAUUUGUCAGAGACCGACUUCCAUCAAAGUUUCGUCGAAGCCAUCGAGGCUGGUUAUCCAGACUCACCAAACGGGCCUGAGCUCACUCUUGGCCUCAAGGAAAUUUGGAGUGACGCGGUCAAUCUUCCGAAGUGGGCUCCAAACCCAAAAUUCUCUCACUUUGUCGUAAAGAGGGCUGCCGAGGUCGAAGAGCGAUCGGAUCAAGGCAGCGGCGCUCCUCUAUCGGAACAGCUACGAGCUUGCAAGAGCAACGAAGCCGUUAUUGCAGUCGUAAACCAUGCAUUUUGUACUCAACUUCGCCGAAUACUGCAACAGCCUACGCCCGACGAGGAGCUGCUGCAGAAGGAUAGCACGUCUUUGGGACUAGACUCUCUAAUCUCUGUAGAUAUUCGGUCAUGGAUUCUGAAGAAUUUCCAGGUUAACAUCCCGGUGCUUACGAUUAUGAGCAGCGACGUCCAAAUGUCCAGGCUAGCCCAACUUGCAGCAGAGAAUAUCCCAGCUGCAAUGAUUCCUGAAGUCCCUAAUAGUACAACAAUGCCGAAUGACAUUUCCGACCUACUCGACAUGAAAUCUGAUCCAUCGACAGAGCUAGAUAGUACCGCCUCUGGCGACUCUCCACAAUCUUCUGUGACAACCACAGGACGGACCCCGUCGAAGUCAGGAAAUAAGAUGUAG